GAAACAAUCGCUCGCGAGAAGACAAGAGAAGAGAUGGAUCCCUUGGUUGAUCUUCUCAGCGGGGAGCUGCAGGCGUAUAUGGCCAUGGGAGCUGAUGAGGGGCGGCAGAUGGAUGCGGCGGAGAAAAGACCCUCGGCACAACGCGGGGAUUCCAAGGAGGAGGAGGAGAUGGAGAGGCAGAGACCUGAUGUACAAGAAAGUGAUGCUGCGGAUGAGGUGGACGCCGUCAUGCGAUCUGAGGUUUUUCAAGGAUACCUCACGCGAUCUGAGGUGCUGCGGAUUCUGAUGCAGGGCAUGGUAGAUCAGAAGAAGGCGGCGUUGGCCAAUCUGCUGAAAUGUGAAGAAGAAGAAGAAGAAGAAAAUCAGCCACAGCAGCGCAAGCAAAACAAGAAACACAAUCAUCGCAAAAGCAGAAUGGCUCUCAGGAGAAUCGCAUUGGACAAGGCGAAGAAGAGCAGCAGUGUGGAGAAACCGCCAACUGAGGACAAGGCAGCAGCCUACUUGGCAAAAUGGGCAAAGGAGAGGGAGUCUGAACCUGAAUCAGAAUCCCGCACCGACUGGCACGCGUACCAAGCUCGGCUCUGUCGGGAUCGCUGGAAUGAAUCCUUCGAUGCUCGCCACUAUGGAACCUACGAGACCAUAACUUCUAUCCCCCCCAUGCGCUUCACCGACUAUGUGGAUGCCUCUGCUGGCCCGCGGGAGACUCUGCAGAUUUUCUCUGUCAGAGUCGUGGGAGUAAAGGAGGGCGUUGAGUGGCCGCUGCAUGUAUAUGGCAAGCUUGCGGUUCGGGACACGGUUGACCAUCACCGUAAUAUUAUCUUUGAUCGCCCAAGAGAUAACUUUCAAACCGUCACCCAGCAGGAUCCAUAUUUAACUCUGACCGGUCCUUGCCGUGCUGCUGUCUUGUCGGUGCACCAUUCAUACAUUGAGGCUGAGCUGAAAAUCAAGGGAAAUUCUAGUGAUUCUUCUGAUGAUAAAGAUUUCAGCUACCUAGCUACUGGGUACAUACAGACCGCCUCCUUUGAAUCAUUCGUUGAGAAGCGUGUUCUGUCUAGCAGGCUUAGCACACUGGAGUUAACUGCCGGGCACAUUGUCAACUCUGUUGAAGCUACAAUCUUUGUGGUGGUCAGUAGUGGGAAAUGGCCAUCUGGUCAUAGAGGUGCAUUUACGGUCAGUACCGGUAGCAUGGGCGCCAUGGAAAUAGUGCUGCUUACUUUUGGAGAUGAUGGAUUGCCUCUUGAGGGUGGUGGGAAUAUAAGGCUCUCUCGCCGCGUUGUUGGUGUUGAGGUUGAUGGAACGCUCAAUCUCUCGGUGAAGGCUUCGCCGCUGACUGCUAGUAGCACCGAGAUUGUGUUGAGCGGUGAGAAGGUUGUCACACCCAAAGAAGCCGGCAAGAGCCAUCUGAAGCUGAAGGUCGGCUCAUGUGAGAUGGAAGUAACAGUAGCAUGGUCUCUCCUUUUGACGUACGACCACUGA